AUGAAUGAAGACAUCUGCACUGGAAAAGAGAACCUGAGUCAACUUCCUGGGUCAAUUUUUGAAAUGAGCAUGACCAGUCACAGCUAUAGCAUCUAUAAUGCUGUCCAUGUAGUGGCAGAAGCUUUGCAUGCUAUGUUCUCAUCUACAGCAAAGAAAGGAGCCAGACGAGAUAAGCAGAGACAGCUUCUCAAUCAACAAACCUGGCAGCUUCACCACUACUUGAGAAGUGUUUCAUUUAACAACAGUGUUGGCGAAAUGCUUUCCUUUAAUUUCAGGGGGGAACUAAUAGCAGGAUUUGAUAUUAUUAAUUGGAUCACAUUUCCAAAUCAGUCCUUUCUUAGAGUCAAAGUUGGAAGAGUAGCACCACCGAAUGCCCCUGACAAAGUAUUCACUAUUUCUGAAGAUGCAAUCCAAUGGCCCAAGGCUUUCAACCAGGUGCUACCUCUUUCUAUGUGUAAUGAACAUUGCAAGUCUGGAUACAGUAGGACAAAGAUUGAAGGGAAACCAUUUUGCUGCCACAAUUGCCAUCAAUGCCCAGAGGGGAAGAUAUCUCAUGUAAAGAACUUGGAUGACUGUUUUCCAUGUCCAGAAGAUCAAUAUCCCAACAAAGACCAGAAUCUCUGCCUACCAAAAAAUAUCAGCUUCCUCUCAUUUGAAGAACCUUUGGGAAUUACACUCACUAUUCUUUCCCUUUUGUUUUGUUUUCUCACAGCUUUGGUGCUUCAUCUCUUCAUUAAGCACAGGGAGACUCCCAUUGUCAAGGCCAAUAACCGGAAUCUCAGCUAUGUUCUCCUCAUUUCCCUCUUGCUUUUAUUCCUUAGCACUUUGCUUUUCAUUGGACAACCCAGGAAGCUAAUGUGCCUCAUUAGACAAACAGCUUUUGGCAUCAUCUUCUCAAUAGCGGUUUCUUCUAUUUUGGCCAAGACCAUCAUUGUGGUUCUCGCUUUCAUGGCCACCACACCAGGAGGUAGGAUGAGAAGGUGGUCUAGGAAACACAUGGCCAACUGCAUUCUUCUUUUCUGUUGUUUUACUCAAGCCUUGAUUUACAGUUGGUGGUUGGUAAGUGCACCCCCCUUUCCAGAUGUUGACAUGCAUUCCUUGAUGAAAGAAAUUAUCCUGGAGUGUAAUGUAGGAUCUGUCACCAUGUUUUAUAUUGUCCUGGGUUUUCUGGGCUUCCUAGCUAUCAUUAGCUUCACAGUGGCCUUCUUGGCCAGGAAUUUGCCUGACAGUUUCAAUGAAGCCAAGUUUAUCACCUUCAGCAUGUUGGUCUUCUGCAGUGUCUGGGUGUCCUUUGUUCCAACUUAUUUAAGCACAAAGGGCAAAUACAUGGUGGCUGUGGAGAUUUUUUCCAUCUUGGCCUCCAGUGCUGGUUUAUUGCUCUGCAUCUUUUCCCCUAAAUGCUAUAUAAUUGUAGUGAGGCCUGAACUGAACAGCAGGAAGCACCUAAGAAGAAGAUAA